UCUGCACACUGGGCCAAGUACAGCGAAUAUAUACAUCUAUAUAAACACAAAGGGAAAGCCUAUCUCAAUGAAACCACGUACAGCGUUGCUCCGCCAACAGCAGUCCCAGAGCCGCCGUUCCAAGCUAGAGGGAAUUGCUGCCAUGGCACAUAUGGAGUCGAUUCGAAAUCCAAAAAUUCAGCAACAACGAUUUUCAUACCCCGGUCCCACAGUUCAAAGACGUGACCCUAACCGUGGCAUCAUUACUCAAAAUGAAUGGAACGCACUAGUGGAUGAACACGAGGACUCGGGGAGGGGAUUUCGUUACUUUUUUUCAAUUAUUGUAAUUAUUGGUGUCAUUCUACUAGUCUUAUCAAAAUACGAUUCAGAGUUUAACGUAGAGGUCCCGCAAAUAGAGAGUGGUCUCGGUUUUGGUGAGGUGCUGAACCCGUCCGACAUUGAUAACUCUGAAUUAGAUUAUUACCAGGCUCUCGGUGUUAAGGGGCGUUUACACAGUAGUGCGGGGUUGAACUCCGACGUUGCUGAAAAUGAUGCCGAUAAACAAAGGCGCCGUGAAAACUACCGUGUACGGCAGGAGAUCAAGAAGUCUUACCAGAUUCAUCAAGAAAAGCAAGGCCAGUUGGUACAUUGCGGUCGAUCUUGUCAGGCUAAAGACAAACAAGUUCAAAUAGCAUACAACAAGCUAUCUUCUCAGGUUGAUCGAGAGCUGUUUGGAGUCCUCCUCGAUGCUAACGAUACAAAAUCAGCACGCACUGUUAGCCCAGAAACACUCAAGAGGAAAUAUGAGGAGAAGCGGGAACUUAUCGAGAAGACGGAAACAAAUGAAGAGGAUCGGAACAUGGCACUGGAAGAACUCAAAGAUGCCUACGAUAUCAUAAAAGAUCCUGAUGCACGAAAGUACUAUCUUAUCUAUGGUGCCAAGCCACCAGAACAUAUGCGGCAUGUCAGUGCUCGGCAUGGAGGAUGGGGUCAGGAAAUGGCAUUGGGGACCUUCAAGUAUCGUAUUAUCAUAAUGUGGCUAGAUUUUCUACACCAGUACAUUGGUUCUUGGGGUGAAACCAUCGUGCUGUUAGGCCUCUUGAUGCUUGUGCUCGCACGCAUACCUGCAACAUUAAAGCAGACCCAACAUUUACUAGAUGAUAUGGAAUGGGAAGAACAGCUGACCACAAUGACCGACUCAGAGCCAAAGAAAACUGAAUCAUGAGGUAUAGUGUAUGGAGAAUGCUAUGGUUUCACUGUUUUACGAGUAGGGUGCCUUCGUUGAAAAAUCAAAUAGAUGCCUUGCCAAUAACAUCUAUUUUAUAGCAUAAUGGGCUUUAAUCGAUGUAUGCCUUUAAUAUUUUAGUAUGUAUGU